AUGCCACCCGCAGUGGUGGCAGAAGCACUAGCCAAGGGGCCGCUCGGGGUGCCGGCGCUCGCGGCCGUCGCGGGGGCGGUCCUGGCGCCGCUGACGCUGUAUCGGCAGGGCUACUCGUUCAGCGUCGGCUACGGGUCCGCCGUCGGCGUCAUGGCCCUCGCGGCGAUGCGAGCGGUGCCGCCCACGACGCAGCUCGCGACGCUCACGGCGGGCGCGACGCUCUUCUACGGCUUUCGACUGGCCCUGCAUUUGCUGGCGCGGCAGCUCACGGUACCGGACAUCGCCGAGCGCAUCAAGGCCUUUGACAAGACGCCGCGGCUCAAGAGAUUGCCGCUGAUCCCGCCGCUGGCACUGUUCUACGCCUGCAUGACGUCGCCCUUACUUUUUGCAUUACGAACGCCGCCCACGAAGUACCUGAAGGUGGCGCAAAUCGGCUGCGGCCUCGCCUGGGCCGGCGCGGCCAUCGAGGCGAUCGCCGACGCCCAGAAGUUUCUCCAAAAAAGGCGCGACUACGCCCAGAAGGCGGGCGGCACGUUUACCGGCCCGAUGGGCGGCCUCUACGCGUCGUGCCGCCACCCGAACUACUUCGGGGAAGUGCUCUUCUGGUUCGGGCUCUUCGUGGCCGGGCUGCCGUCCUUCGGCUCGCAGAUUAUACCGUAUGCGGCGGGCGGGCUCGGGCUCUGGGGCAUCUACGGCAUCAUGAGCGGGGCCACAAAACGCCUCGACGGCAAGCAGAAAGAGAAGUACGGCGGCCAGCCGGUCUACGACGCGUGGCGCGCGCGGACGGGCGGCCUGUUUCCCAAGUUCUUCGCCGGCGGCGACGCGGGGCGCGUCUUCUACGACGUAUGAGAUCUAACCACUGAUUAUUGAAGUGUAUCUAGACGGCGGCCAUGGGCUUUUAGAGGACAAAAAAACUGCCAAGCAGAGCAAUCAACGCGAUUUUUGCGCCUAGUGUGUUAGACGGCCCGGCUGACGCAGGCCAACGACCCGGCGCGCGGCAUCGUCUUCUGCAACCGCUGUUGCACGGAGCGGGAGCCGAAUAAGCACGGCGCCAGGGGCUACGUGUGCGGCGUGUGCAUGUCGAAAGAUGUUAGAAUCGUCGAGGAGCCGACUGGCCGCUGGGCCAUCUAA